AUGUCACCUCACUUUCAUCAGAAUGAUUUGAUGACACCUUAUCCAUUGGAAUCAAAACGUGUUUCAAGAAUAACUCUGGCUUAUUUCGAGGAUAUAAAAGGACAAGAUAUUGAGCCCUACUGUGAUAUUCCGAAAGAACCAAAAUGCGCCGGUUAUGAAAACGGGAUUGGUGGUUGCCUUCUAUAUGAACACGACAAACAAUUAAACGAAACGUUUCAGUAUAUGGAUAAUUUGUUCCCUUUUACUGCCAAACAAAAAGAGAAAUAUGGUGGCCAUAUGGCUUUUGACUACUGUCCAGUCCUCAUAAUUCAGCCAGGUGUAAAUGGUAGUUCACUCCUGUGCGAGCAGAAAGAUGAUUUAAAAACAGAUUCAAUGCUAAACAUGUUUAUGGAAUAUAGGGGUCCUAAUUCAGGUUGUUUUAAUGAUGAAACACAAACAUAUGUUAACAAAUCUGGAACUUACACCAUAAAGAAGAAAUCAUCUUGUCAUAAAUUCCAAUGUUCAAAAAAUAUUGGUGUUCAAGUGAUAUUUAACGAAAAGGCAUUUCAGUGUCCUGUUGGUGGUGGUCCACUACAUAUGGAGCAACAAUUAAGAAGUGGAAAUGCUUUUAUCGAUAUACAAUGUCCAAAGUGCACGUCAUUGUGUGAGAGUGAUAGUAUCUAUUCACAAAAUAUUGUUAAACGGUCAUCGAAUCGUCUUAAUUUGAAAAUCACACCAGUUUAUGAUAGAAAGGUUGAAACGAGUAAAGUGUUUUCAAAAAUCAAAAGAGCAGUUGAGGGUGCUGUCAAAUUUUGGGAGAAAGCUCUAAUUGUUGAGGUGAAAAAACCUGAGAAUGUAGUUAUUCAGAGAACAUGUAAAUUAGGUUCAAUGGUUACCAGUUCAAAUGAAAACAAACCACACUGUAGAAGAGACACUUGUAAAAAAAGUGAAACAUGUUUUCAUACGGAAAUUCCUGAUAAAUAUUUAUCAGCAUGUCACGCCCGAAAACAUGGUGAGACUAAAGAGAUGUUUACUGAAGGAGAAGGAAUAGCUCCAAAUGAAUUUGUAUUACUUGUGAGUAGGAAUUAUGUGUCGUGUGGCGGUAAUGUACUUGCUUGGGCUUCAUACUGUAAUCAAGAUCCAGAUACUUCGAGGCCUAAUUUAGGUAUAGUGAAUUACUGUUUAGCGGAGGAUGAUAUUCUCAGAGCAAAUGAAAAAAAGCUAGAAGAUGUUACAAAACAUGAAAUAUGUCAUGCAUUGUGGAAAAUGGACUUUAUAAAAAUGAUCGGAAAUGAAAAAGAUGAAUUUUCUGUGAUGACGUGCUUUCAAGAAGUUAUUGUUCAUAAUGUUAGUUUAGGUUUCAAUAUAACUUUUGAUAUAUUAUCUGUCAAAUUUCAAGAAGGUUUAUGUCCAAACAUUAUUCAUAGUAAAUGUGAAUAA